AAAAAUAAACUAUAUAUUAAGAAAUGUUAAGCAAAUGUGUUCGUUUCUGUUAUUAACAGCGUCAGUUUAACAUGUGCUUAACAGCCGUUAGACAUAUACAUGUCAAAAGCAGGGUUUUACAAAUUGUUUCUGUUGUAUUUUUGUGUGUUGUUUUUUGUUAACCAAUCAUAUCUUGAAACAUUUCGCAGACUCCUAACGCUGCCCUCCGGCUGGCGCAUACAGUUCGGCAACAAUGUCAACUUUAUAUUCGAAACGGACGAUGUGCGUCACGCCUCCCCGGCAACUAUAUCCCGAAUGGGCAUUGUGAACAUGAGCUACGAUCAUUAUCCCUUAAAGGAAAUGCUUAAGCAUGAGCUUGAAAAGGAACCAUAUGGCGAUCUACUGCAAAGCUACAUUGAUGGAAAUUUCCAAACAGCUUUCGAAUGGCUGGAAAGUGAAAAUUUGUUGAGUCUGAUGCCCGGCAUAAGUCGUGUCAGUGUGUUACGAUCUCUGCUGCUGCAGCUGCACAAUAGCCAGAGCCUUGAGGAGUAUGGAGCGGCCACAUUGCGUGCAAUGCUUGGCUACAUUCCCAGCGAGCGACAGCGUGACUUUGCUCAGCUGGUGCUGCAGCGGGCGAAUCUGUACGUGGCGCAGCCCAAUCAUGCAGAGCUGAGCUACUAUGAGCCGCAGCGCAGCGCAUUGGAGCAGUAUGCCCUGGGGGUUAUGGAAACUCCCGAACGGGAUAGUCAACUAAUAGUCACGGGCUAUGUCAAGUCGUAUCUAAACAUCAUCAGCUCGUUGCUGGAGCUGCCCGCCGGUCGGGCUAUGCCGUUUAUGCUCAUCGGACCCAGUGGAGCGGGCAAGACGCUGCUGUUGGAGCAGGCGCUGUUGGAGCAUUCGGGCUAUCAGCUGGCCAGCAUUAAUUGCUCCACACAGCUGACCGCUGGCUAUGUGCUGCACACGCUGCGCACGCACUGUGUCACGGUAAGCGGCGUGCGGGGGCGGGAAUAUAGGCCCAAACAAUCGCGUCUGUUGCUGUUCAUGAAGAAUCUAGAUCUAUGCCAGCUGGAUGAUUGGGGCGCCUGUGAGAUUGUGGAACUGCUGUUGCAGCUAGUGCAACGCGGCGGCUUCUAUGCGGACAAUCUGGAAUGGAUUAGCGUCAGUGGGCUACAAAUUUGUGCGUCCAUUAGCGGCAAUUUGUUAAAAAUUUCACCCCGUUACUUGGCCAUCAAUCAAUAUGUACGAGUGGCUCGACCCAGUCCAUCCGAUAUGCUGGCCAUCGUGCAGUGUCGCCUCGAGCCUUUGCUCCAUACGCAUUUCAGGGCAACGAGCGGCGGCAGUCCCAUCAAUUUACAGCAUGUUAGCGAGUGCCUAAUGGAGUGCUUCGAAAAGCUGCAGGCCGCUUUUACUGCCUCCACUGGCCAACAGCAGCAGCAGCAGCAGCAGUUGCAUUAUCAGUUUAGCCCCAAGUGCAUUAUGAAGCUAACUGCGGGUCUCGUUUACUACCCGUCGACUGACUUCAAUGAGGCUUUGUACUGCGAGCUAUUGGGCAUGUUUAGGGACCGAUUGGCCAGUGAGGAGCAUGUUCAGCAAUUUGAGACGAUAUUGAAGCAAACUAUGCGCAAAUACUUUGGCAAAGAGAAAAUCUACUUUGUGCCCAAGUCGCCUAAAUCGAAAGGACAGCUGCAUGGUCUGACCCAUGAUGAGUGGCUGGAGGAGGUACACAGGCAAAUUACAAUUUGCAAUGCCGAAAACUACAACAUUUCAUCGCCUAUCACGGAAGAGCUGCUACAUCACACGGCCAAAGUGGCACGCAUCCUCUCCAGAAACGAUGCACAUUUGCUUAUUCUGGCUGAGGCCGGUGACCGACACCUGGAUGCCAUUUAUGCGGCUGCCACGCUGCAGCAGGCCAAAGUAUUGACAAUACAGGGCGGCGCCAGCUAUGGUCUAACAGAAUUCUACAACGAUCUCAAGCUGGCCAUGCAGACGGCAGCGCUGGAGCAGCAGAUGUGCUAUCUGCUGAUCGAACACAGUUGGCUCAACUAUGUGCCCGACAUACUGAAACCGAUUGAAGCACUGUUAGAGGGCAGUGAAAUUCUGGAGCUCUUUGGCGAUGAUCUGGAGACGGUGGCCAGCGCGCUAAAGCAGGCGGCGCAGCUGGAGGGCUAUCAGGAGUCGCUGGGCGCGUACUUUAUGAAGCGCGCUCGAGAGCAUCUGCAUUUGGUGCUCGUGCUGGAGCCGAGUAGUCCACAGCUGGCGCAGUACUUUAAUAGCUGCCCAGCCCUGCAUCGCCAGAUGGAUAUGCUCUAUGUGCGGCCAGAGUCGCGGGAUACUCUAACCAUGCUGCCAAAGCAAUACAUCGAGCUGCUCAAUGAGGCGUCUGUGGCUGCGGGGCGUGGCAAAGUGCCUGUUUGCAGUCAUUUUUCAGACGUGGCCGAGGAGUUGCCGCCGGAACAGCCGGCGCAUCGCUACUAUCAGCUGAUUCGUAGUUAUUAUCAUAUGUAUAGCAAUGCCGCCGCUGAGAUUGAUCAGCGUCUGGGCAAGCUGCAGCAGGGCGUGGACAAGUUAGCCGCUGCCCAUGCGCUUGUCGACACCUUAAAGUCGAAUGCAUCGGCCCAGGAACAGGCGCUGGGUGAGAAACGCCAGCUGGCCAAUGAUGCGCUGCAAAUGAUCUCAGCCACGAUGCACAAUGCAAAUGAGCAAAAGUCCAAUAUGCUGGAACUGAAGCAGCAGACGCAGCAAAGCAGCGAGCAGCUGAAGCUGCGACAGCGCGAGAUACAACAGGAACUAGCCGAGGUGGAGCCCAUAUUGGCGGAGGCCAGCAAUGCAGUGGGUCAAAUCAAAUCCGAGGCGCUCUCCGAAAUACGCUCGCUGCGCGCACCACCUGAAGCCGUGCGGGACAUAUUGGAGGGCGUGCUGCGGCUGAUGGGCAUACGCGACACCUCGUGGAACAGCAUGAAAACAUUUUUGGCAAAGCGUGGCGUCAAGGAGGAUAUACGUUCCUUGGAUCCGGCGCACAUUAGCCCCGAGAAUUGUCAAGCCGUGGAGCGCUUGCUCGCAGCCAAGGGCGACUCCUACGAAUCGAAGAAUGCCAAACGCGCCUCAGCAGCAGCUGCACCACUCGCCGCCUGGGUGCAAGCCAGCGUGCGUUAUGCGCGAGUCAUUCAGAGCAUCAAGCCGCUGGAGCGGGAACAGAAUGAACUGCAGCGCAAUCUAAAUGCGGCCGAGAAUGAGAUGGAGCAGCUGGCCAGCGGCUUGGACGAUGUGGACAAGCGUGUCCAGAAGUUAUCCGCAAAGCUGCAAACCUACACGCAAGAGGCGGCCGUGCUUGAGCUAAAGCUGCAGGAGGCAGGUGCCACACUGCAGGCCGCCGAGCUGCUGGUGGGCAAACUAAGCGCAGAGUAUGCUACCUGGAGCGAGCAGUUGGCGGAGCUGAAGCGAGCUCAUAAAACACUGGACGGCAAAAUGCUGCUGGUCGCUUUGGCCAUCAAUUACUAUGCGAGCUGGGGUGUAGAGCAGCGGGGCGCCUCAAUAAAACGCAUGAGCGUGGACUUUCAGCUGCCCGGAACAGGCUUUGAUCUACGCCAAACCCUUGUCACCGAGCAGCAGCAAAUCAUUUGGGAGAGUCAAGGCUUGGCGCGCGAUGCUCAGAUCAUUGAGAGCGCCGCGCUGCUGCGGGAGAUGCUGUCGCUGCCCUUUGGCAGUUGUCCAGUGCCUUUGCUGCUCGAUCCCACACAGACGGCGGCACAGUGGCUGACCGCGCAUUUGCGUGCUGCGGGACGAGCCAGUGAGCUGACGACGCAGGGCAACGAGCGCCUAUGCUAUCAACUGGAGCUGGCCGUGCGCUUUGGCAAGACGCUGCUGGUCAUGGACUGCGAACAGCUGCGUCCGCCGUUGCUGGAGCUGCUGCAGGGGCACGUCUAUGUGCGCUUCAAUAAGCGCCAAUUGGCGGUGGCCAGUAAACUGGUCGAUCUCCACGAGGAUUUCCAAUUGGUGCUAAUCAGCAACUCGCAUCGCUUGCAGCAGCAGCUGCCGCCUGAGCAGCGCAGUCUGGUCAAUCUGUUGCGCUUUACAGUGACCGCUACCGGCCUGGCAGAUCAACUCAUGUCCAAGGCGAUUGUGCUUAAGAAUCCCGCAUUGGAGCAGCAACGCAUUGAGCUAUUGCAGCGCGAGGGUGAGCUGAUCAAGCAGCGCAUGGCACUGCAGGACAAACUGUUGGAGCAACUAUCCAAGGCUGAGGGCGAUAUAUUGCGCAACGAGCCACUUCUGGCCAGCCUGAAUGAGGUGAAGCGCAGCAGCGCCGAAAUUGAUGCUGCACUGGAGCAAAGCGGCCAGGUGAAGCAGACGCUGCUCUCACAAUUUGGCGCACUACGCGAACUGUGCGUACAGUCGGCUGACUUUUAUGCCGGCCUCACGCAGGGCUACGAGCUGUCCGCCCUGGUCUACAUCGAGCUCUUUCUGGGCGCACUGCGUGCUCAGGAGUCGCAGCAGCAGCUUUACGAGCGUCUCGUGCGCAGCGUCUACCUGCAUCUGGCGCGUGCCACACCACGCGAUAGUCAGCUAACGCUGGCCCUUUGGGUUUGCCGCCAAGCCUUUGGAGCUGCGCUUGGCGUCAAGGAAUGGGAACUGUUUAUUAGCAAUUUCAUGGGCAGCGCCGAUGGCAGCGUACAGCUGAUCGGCAACGGGCUGCCUGACUGCAUCAGCCGCGAGGCGCAGCUGAAGCUAGCGCAGCUGCUGCAACAGCUGCCGGAGCUGCGUGGCCAGCUGCAACUGGACAAGGAUUAUGUGUGGCGCGGCUUUAUCGAACAGCAAACGGACGAUGUUCUGCCCCACAUCAAGGCACCCUUUCAGCGCGUGCUCUUGUCCCAAAUCUUUCGACCCGAUUUGCUGGUGUCUCAACUGCGUUUGGCGAGCAGCCAAUUGCUGGGCUUGUCCCCAGAGGCGGCCACACAGCCGACGGUGCAGCAGCUGCUGGAGCAGAGCAGCUGCGAUCGUCCCGUACUGAUGAUAAGUCAGCCCGAACUGGAUCCGGCCACAGAGCUCAGGGGCGUGGCACUGAAAAAAUGGGGCCCCCAAAAGUAUGUGGAGCUGGCCAUCGGACGCGGCAGCGAGCAGCGUGCCCUGGUGGCCAUGCGACAGGCGGCCAACCAGGGUCAGUGGCUGUGCGUGAAGAAUGUGCAUCUGGUGCCUCAGUGGCUGGGCCAAAUGGAGCGUGAGCUAAGCGAGCUGCACAAAUCUCCGGACUUUCGCCUCUGGCUGCUGUGCGAGUCGACGCACGGCUUCAGCGAAUCGGCUGUCUACAAGUGCCUCAAGGUGCGGUACGAGCAGCCGCGCGGCCUCAAACAGCAGGUGCAGCGCAUGCUGCAGAACUAUGCCGGCCUGGAGACGGAACUGGCCGCCAAGCUGCCGGCCAAAUGCCUGAAGAUGCGACUGGUGCUCUUCCUGCUGCAGGCUGUGCUCCAGCAGCGCCGUCAAUAUAUACCACAAGGCUGGUCCAAGUACUAUGAGUUCGGCGAGGCGGAUCUGAAGGCGGCGUUGGGCGUGCUCGGCUGGCUAGAUGCGCAGCUGAUCAGCGGCCGCUGCGACUGGACGCUGCUGCAGCGCCUGUGCGAGGCGGUGGCAUAUGGCGGGCGCCUAAACAAUGCACGCGACGUGGACAUACUGAACAGCUAUCUGGCGCAGUUUUGCUGUGCAGAUGUGCUAAGCAAUCGUUGGCAGCCGCUGGGCCUGGGCAGCGCCCUGCCCACAAGCGGCCAGCUGCAGGAUUAUCAUGCGGCAGUGGAGCGCUUGCCGGAUGUGGAUGAGCCGCGCAUAUAUGGGCUGGCUAGCCAGGCGCAGCAGCGGCGCGAAAUGGAACAGGCGCGUCUCAUAGUCAGGGAUCUGCGAGCGCUGCAAUUUGGCGGAGCGGCAGCAGGCAACGAGCUGGCCACGUCCAAUGCCAGACAGCGCCUGGAGCAGCAGAUCAAGCCUUUGCUCAGCCUAUGGCGCAAAUUGGCCAGCGCAUGCAGCAUUAGCCAAGCGGCCAAGGAGGCGUGGGCCGGUGGCAAGGCCACAACCACGUCCACGCCCACGCCCACGCCCUGGACGCUGUUUGUGCACGCGGAGCUGCAGCUGGGUGCGCAGCUGUUUCGAGCAGUGCAUCAGCUGCUCUCGCAGCUGCACAACUGGCUUAAGGAGACGGCGGGCACAGCCGAACAGCCAGCGGAUGUGGAUGCCAGCACAAUGCAGGCGCUGGCGGAGCAGCAGGUGCCGCAUAGCUGGCAGAAGCUGUGGCCCGGUCCGAGCAGCAACAGCGCCGCGGAUUACCUGCGCGGCCUGUUGGUGCGUGCGGAGGCGGCGGAGCAGCGUUACAGGCAGCAGCUGCAGCUGGAAUUCGUUGAGGAACUGAAUCUGGUGCAUGUGUACAACUGUGAGAAUCUGUUGGCCUGCCUCAAGCUGCAGCAAGCGCGCAAGCUGAGCGUCUCCACGCAGCGACUGCGAUUGCAGUGUAUUAACAACAGAGUUGCAGAUCCCGAGACAUCGGUGCUGAAGCUGGCGCCGCUUAGGGUGAGUCGUUGGCCCUUUUUACAUUGGUUUAUAUUUAAUUUAUUUUGCUCUGGCGCCUUCGCCUCACAUUUUGAUUUGAUGCGUGCGUCUGUCCGUCCGUCCGUCCGUCCAUUCGGCUGUCUCGUCUGGCUGUCUGGCUGUCUGUCACUCAGCGCUGUCUCUUUUCUGUGCUCGGGCCGUGGGCUCUUUUGUCUUUUUCUGUUUUUCGUGUUUUUUUUUUCGUUGCUUUUUUCUUCGCAUUCUGUUUGCUUACCUUGCCCAUCUUGGCCAUAAAAUGC